AUGCCACCAACACGACUGGGCCCCUGCUGCCUUGCAUUCUCCGGCUCAGAUGGGGAGUGCAAGGAGUCAUGGGUCAGUGCCAAGGAGCAGGAACCUGGUGGUCUGAGGCUGCGAGCAUUCCUGCCCUUGCUGAAGAAGGCUGCCCAGGGAAGCUCGAGCUCUGAGCUGAGCUGCAGCAAGGCAGCCAUCAUCAACAUGUCCAGUAUUGCUGGCUCCAUAGAGGAAAUACGUUUAUCGGAAAAUGUGCAAUAUAUCUCAUACCGCUGCAGCAAGGCUGCUCUGAACAUGCUCACCAAGUGCCAGUCCUUGGGGUACCGGCAACACGGCAUCCUCUGCGCUGCUCUCCACCCUGGCUGGGUGCAAACGGACAUGGGGAGCUCAGCUGGACACAAGCCCCCACUGACGGUGGACGUGAGCGUACAAGGAAUGCUGAAUGUGCUCUGCUCCCUCUCCGAGAAGGACACAGGGACUUUCCUGGACUGGGAAGGGAAAGUAGUGCACUGGUGAGACGCCAGCCCAGCGUCAUGCCCGGAUCCUGGCAGCAGGUCCCUUUGCUGCUGUGCUGUGCCGUGCCCAUGUCCUCAAUAAACCCAUGUCCAUGAGCAGCA